AUGAAUCCCUAUGCUAUCGACUUGUCAGACGACGAGAGCCGGAAGUCUCCUGCUGAGCAGUCGAGCGCGGGGGACACCAAAGGGCGACGGCGAAGCACACGAGCAUGCACUUUCACCGACCCUACUCACAAAAGAGGUCCGCCCAAAGGGUACAUUCUCGCCCUCGAGCGGCGGCUACACCAGGUAGAGGCGCUCCUAGGGACGAUCAUCAGCUCCGACGAUCCCCGCGCGCGGAGCCUCGUACAGGACCUCUCCCGCGACAAGCUUGCCAAUCAUGUCAUCAACAAGGUACACGUUGGCCCCUUCGGUCCCGCGGGCAGGGAGAAACAUCCUUUCGGCUCGACGAAAGAGGACUUCCUUGCCUCUAUCAGCGGCGAUUUGGGAGACAACGCGUCCGAGCAGUCUGGUAGCAGUCAGGAUGCGCAAAAUGAUCCCGCAUUCUUCACACCCAGUAGCGACUGGCAAGACAGCAUGAAGAGCCUUUUGACCGCUGCGAGAGCCGAGGCGGCAAUGGCUGCAUCGGUCGCGUCCCCACCACCAGACACGAAGCCAAGACGCGCUACCUAUCCGUCGAUCAACUCUGGUCAUAUUCCCAUUCCCUACAUGCAAGCGUACUACGAACCUCAACCGCCCCCUGCCCUCUCCGGCACGUCUGUAUUCUAUGAUCAGCAUCACUCCCUGGUGCAAGCUAGUGCUAUGAGAAGUAGCGCACAGUCAUACGGCACAGGCCCAUUACCCACGGUGGGCAACGUCUACACAGACCAAGAUGGGCGGUUCCGAUUGGACACUACACCACCAAUACCACAACAGCCUCUGGACGGGCAACCUACCCCACCGUCAAAUGCUGCAGAUGACUAUUACUCCUCGUUUCAUAGGUAG